CUGGCCGGCCAGUAAGCCCCGGCGCUCCGCAGCGACAGCACGGCGUACGCGCACCUCGACCUCUACAUAAAAAUCUAGGCCGCUCUCAUGUGAUAGUUUAACAUUUCUCUCGCUUAUUAUGGAAAAAGUGUGCGCAGUGGUCGACCACUGUAGUAAUUUCUAAUUCUUACUGUACUUUUCUUUUGUGCAACGACGCUGACAUGAUUGCAAAAAUCUGAAGUGCCAAAAACUUAAUUUGCCACUUAUCUAUGUGGGCUACGUGAUAAGGUGUCAAGUGUGUUACCGUUCUCAAUAUUGUUUGUUUUCAAAUAUCGCUGCUACUAAGCAGACGUUACUUUCGAGUGUUCGUUUUAAGUUAGUUUUGGUGAAUGAGUCAGCUAACAGGCGUCGGAAUUGUUAACUUUGUCAACGUGCUGCCCACGAUUUCCGAAGGCGUGACAAUGAGAGAAAAAAGGGGUGGCGCAAUGAGUAAAAUGCAAAAGCUCAGAAAGCGCCUCUCCCUUAGCUUCGGUAGAUUAUCAACAAAAGACGAGCCUGACGGCGACGGCAGCGAGUGUCGCGGGCGACAACAGAACGGCGGUGGCCGCGGGAAGUUGCCUUACAAUGGGUACUCCGAAGAGUGCCUUGACCGGCUCGAACCCAAUGGGAACAUACCACACGACAAAGAGCCUCAUUAUGAAUGGAGUGGAGGCGGCGGCAACGGCGAGUAUCGUGUAAGAAGACAGCUGUCCGUGUCUUCAGACUCGAAACUCCUCGACGAAGGUGCACGGGAGGAGGCGCGGGUAGUCAUGAGGCCGAAACGGCCGCCCAGGCCCAAGUCUGAGGCCUUUUUAGGGCCUCACGACCACUCCAACCGACGCACCAAGCGGUUUAGUGCCUUUGGGGGUGACUCUCCCUUCGGGAAAUCCGAAGCCUACAUAAAACUCGAACAACUCGGUGAGGGUUCCUACGCUACAGUGUAUAAAGGUUAUAGCAAUUUAACGCAGCAAGUGGUAGCGUUGAAAGAGAUCAGACUGCAAGAAGAAGAAGGGGCGCCGUUCACAGCUAUCAGGGAGGCUUCUCUACUCAAAGAGUUGAAGCACGCAAACAUUGUGACGUUACACGACAUCGUUCAUACUAGGGAGACGCUAACUUUCGUGUUUGAAUUUGUGGACACGGAUCUAUCACAAUACAUGGAGAGGCACCCUGGCGGACUGAAUCAUCACAACGUGAGACUGUACAUGUUCCAAUUGCUGCGAGGACUCUCUUACUGCCACAGGAGAAGAGUUUUACACAGGGACGUGAAGCCACAGAACCUAUUAAUAAGUUCCCACGGUGAGCUGAAGCUUGCUGACUUCGGACUGGCGCGAGCCAAGUCCGUACCGAGCCACACGUACUCGCACGAAGUGGUCACGCUGUGGUACAGACCUCCUGACGUAUUGCUGGGCAGCACGGAGUACUCGACGUCGCUGGACAUGUGGGGCGUCGGCUGCAUAUUCGUAGAGAUGCUCUGUGGCGUGCCCACCUUCCCCGGCGUCAGGGACACGCACGACCAACUAGAUAAAAUAUUUAAGGUGGUAGGCACUCCAACUGAAGAGAGCUGGUCGGGAGUCAGUCGUCUCCCGGGCCUUAGGGCACAUGUGUCCCGUUGGGGCCAAUGCGCAGCCCGGGCCCUCGGCGCUGCUUUCCCUCGGCUCCGCGAGGCAGGCCGGGACGCCGAGCGUCUUGCCUCGGCCCUGCUACAACCGGACCCGACGAGGCGUCUCCCGGCCCAGAGAGCGUUGCAUCACGCGUACUUUGCCUCGCUGCCGCCGCGGCUUAGGGAUUUGCCUGAUGAGGUGUCAAUAUUCACAGUGGAGGGCGUGAGCCUGCACCCCGAGACGCGGCACGCCACCAUUAAGUGAGCGCCCCCGGGCCCCGUAGUCGAAUCAAUUACGCUUUUACGUUCCGCCGGCGCCACUACCAACCAACUAUUCCACAUAGUUCUAUCGACAUUUAAAACAAUCACUCGAACAGGCAUCCAAUGCCGGCGACAGUAUUCAGCUGAUUUUUUAUUCAAAAAUCUCUCAACCCCCCCCCACGUCAUUCGUUUGUUCGUCCGAUGAUUGCUUUGUCCUUUGUAUUAGUGCUUGUUAAGCUUCCAACGGAAUAUCCAUCCAUAUAAUUCAAUUAUUCUAUGGUGACAAGGUAAACUGAUAGGUAUCGAGUGUAUGAUUAUAACUAUAAAUAUAUAAACAGAGCAGUGUGCCAUGUAUAUCUAUAAUUGAGAAGAGUAUGACGUAUUAUUUUAAAAGAUUUUUAUGCUGGAAAUAUAUGCUCAUAAUUUGGUAAAAAUUUUGAAGAUGUUUAUUUAUAUUUAUUAAGGGAUAAUUGUCGAUGAAGUUAACUCUAAUGCAGUCUUAUGAAACUAUACGGUUUAUCAUUGAGCUUUUGACAUGAGUUCGAUUAUAAAUCGAAUGUGAAUUAAUCAGAUAUCGAUUGGUGAUUACCCAUAUGAUUUCGAUGUAUCGAACAACGAUUCGAUGUUAUAAUCGCAACUCAUGGCAGGAGUGAUUCACUGAAUCUUGGCGUUUGUCUAAAUCUUAUGCACACAUUCCUUCCACGGUGCUCAAAUAGUAAAGUUAGUGUGGCGAGGAGUGUCCAGUGAUACCAUGUGAAUUGAACGGACGAUAAAUCUAUUACCAAAAUUAUUUAAUCUUCGCAGAUCUCAAAUAUAAUCAAGUGUGGGACCGUCCUACUGUAAAUUGUAACGUGAUAGGAAAUUCGACGAUUUAUAAAUAAUAUACUAAUCAAUGUUCUGAGCGAGGCGACGUAGAGUAGAUGGAAGUAGGUUCCGUCUAGAAUAAAGACUAGUGAAAUUAACCAGUUUAGUGAAUUUUUAGUGGUCCCACGACGUAAGGUUAGGCGCGCAGUGUAAGUUACGUAGCACCGGCGCAUUGGCAACUUGGCAGUUUAACUUUACAUACAUUCAUGCGAUAUCUUCAUCUUGUUGGUUAGAACAAGUUAUCUGUGAUCUCUGAUAGAUAUAGCCCCACAGAAACGUGAAUACAAAUUGUGCCAACAAUUAAAAUAAACGCUUCAUAGUAAUCCGGGUUUUAUAAUUAAUCAAGACAUUAGAAUCGCGUCGUUUUGUACGUAGUCUUAAAACUAAAGCUAGUCUAGCGAAACAAAUCAUUUCUGUAAAUAAAUCGGUAACGAAUAGCAAUAAAAAUCAAUUAAUUGUUACCUACGCUAAGACUAAGCGAAUAAGCCUUAAUCGAAUCGCACUGAACGCACUGCCAAAUAUCGCGACAAAAUCGAUAAUAAGUACUAGUAGAAUCGAGUUGUCAGUGUGCGCGGGUUAAUAAAAUAAACACUAGAGAGCAUAGAUCAAGUUAGUUUAGUCCUUACCGAGCUUUAGAAACGUUUACACUGAGUGCCGGGGGCGGUACUUAGCGGAAUUUGACAAAAAUUGGAACUAAAUUGAGCACAAAAUUGUUUCGUCACAAAUUGAAGAGCCGUCCCCGUCACUAUCGAGUAGUUAAUUCAUAAUACGGUUCCGAACACCAAUAGUACGUAAAUUGUAUAGUAUGUGAAACGCAAUAUUUUCAGUGUAUAUGAUUUGUUGAGUUUUAUUGUAUGUAGUUUAGAAGGGCGCGGUUACGCUGAAACGUGAGUUCGUCUUAAGGUUAGCGCGGGUUGUCCAUUAUUGUAAUAUACGUUCGUUAAUAUUUGAUUGUUGAAAUGUUUACAUGUUUGUAGCGACCCGCCGUAAGUUGCCUUAGGUAGUGUUUUUUGUAAACUGUGUGUAUAGUUCACUACAAAAAUAGGCGAAGUAAUUUGGCAAAAUUAAUGAGAGGUGUGAUAUAAGCCUUAAUUUGAAGGUUUGUAAUUUUAACAAAUCACUUCGCUGUACAUUAAUCCGUGUAUAGAAACUGUCGAAUAUUCAAGUGGUAUAUCAAUAAAUGUAAUCAAAUAAAUGUAUAGAAUACUGAAACAGAUGAAAGCCUGAAUAAUUCACCAUUUUACGCGUAGUCAUAAAAUAGUUUAGCAAUGAAUUGAGCGCACUCGUGUUUCAGCGGCCGCGGCCUAGUAAGGGAUGCAAAGUAAAUAAUUCACCCGUUGAGUGAGCACAUACCUGUGUACGAGAUUACGUCGCGCAUUUAUAUUGAGAAUACUGGAAAUUCUAUUGUAUACAUAAUAAUUUGCAUUUGUACCAUGUACUGACCGAGGCCGCAAGGCUCACGUUCGUUGCGAAGGAACGAAUUGUAUAUAGGUAUUAUUAAUUAAUCAGUUAGUUGUUACGGUUUCUUAGUUGCGACAGUCCUAUACGAGUUGCCAUUGCCGUUUGUAUGAGUUCCCAAGUACACGGGCGGUAUGAGAUUUAUUUUAAUUUUUAACUAUCAUCUUAGGUUAUUUUCAAUUUACUAUGUUUUAUUAUUUUAUGUAUCACCGAAAUUGUCCCGCUACUGAUUUAGUUAUGAUUCUUUUUUUAAUUAUUUUUUGUAAUGUAUAAACAAUGUGCUUUUACUCGUUUAAAAGAAUGUAAAUACGAUAUUUGAACUGAUAAUAAUAAAAGUUUUUAUUUCUUAAUGAAA